UUUCUCACAUGAAAGAAUCCAAAGUCCCUGUCGGGAUUCGAACCCACAGCGGUGAGGGGCAAGUGGUUUGAAGUCAACGACCUUAACCACUCGGUCACGGACGCCCCCACUAAUAGUGGUCUUAUACAUAAAACGCACCCUUAAGGGUUCAUUUUACUUACGGAUGCGCUUGCAUGCAUAUUGUCUCAGCUAUAUUCGAAAAAGUUUUUUGUAUAAUAUCUCAUGACUUUAAAAGUUGUUUUGUACGUAUUUUUCAUGACCUCAUUUCUUGGCGGAAGGAUUUGCAAAAGAUAAGUAUCUUGCGUAUUUUUAAAUAGGACUAAUUACACGGUAAACAAGAAAUAUAACGGAUAAAGAUAGUAAAUGUAUUAUAUUUUGGGCCGGAUAUCGUUAAUGUUUAAAACUGAAGAAUAUACUUGUCUCAAUUAGGAAUUUAGCAUCAAAUUUGACUGCUUUACCAUUAAAUGCGAAAUUAGAUAAUUGGGUUUAUAAUCCUUUACAUUAACUGGACUAAGUUAGACUCCAUAUGUUCACCAAUCGAUUUAGUAUUCUCAUACCGAGAAGUGAGGGAUAAUCACGAUAGUGAAUCGCAUACCAAAUUGUAUUGAUCAAAACAUAAUGGCUUCAGAAUCAACUGAUGCGUUUCGUUCAAAACUCAAUCAGAAAUGGAAACAGAAAGCUUUAGAUGAGCUGAAUGAGAUCGACAAGGAAAGAGACGGUGCAGUUCAGGCGCUCCGAGAAUGGUCACUUCAACAACCAUGGCUGAAAACACCAACUGACACAGAAUUUUUAAUCCGUUUUUUGAGGGUUCGAAAGUACUCUCAAUUGGCAGCACGAAGUACAUUGGAACAAUAUUGGACAGCAAGAACUAAAUAUAAAGAUUGGUACAAUCCCGAAGUCAGUCCUGAUAACCCCAUUAUAUUGGAUAUUAUCAAAUCCGGGUUUUACCUUUUUACACCUGGAGAAGACAGUCAAGGGAGAAGAUUAAUAAUUGAACGGCCAGGCGCCUUGCGGGUGGAGGAAAUAAUUAAAAAGUAUGGAACAGUUGAUGUUAUAUUUCAAGCUGUUAUGUGUAUUUGGGAUGUCCUCAAUAUGGACGAACGUAUUCAAGUUAAUGGUUUUCUAUUAUUACACGACGGCACGAUGUCAGACACGGAUACAGCCAAGUCUUACAAUAUAUCAACAAUGAAAAGAUGCAUGCAUAUAUAUCAAAAAGCCUACCCUACACGGAUCAAAGGUUUACAUGUGUAUGGUUUACCUUUAAUGUUUGAAACGUUAUUAAGAUUUGUCAAGUCCCUAUUCAGUGACAAAAUUGCCAACAGGCUUCAUAUACAUGGGAAAAGUUUGGUGUCCGUUUAUAAAUAUAUAGAUCAAAGUGCGUUACCAAAAGAAUAUCUCCCUGAUAACUACGAUGGGAAGUCUGCAGGAUCUAUAAACGAUGUUGUGGAUAAUAUGGUACAAACAUUUAAACAACCAGAUGUUGUAGAGCAUAUUCGUGAUCUUAACAGCGGAAAAUACGGUGUGGACAUUGAGAUGAAAGCUAAAUUUGAUGUUCCGACCGAGUCAUACAGGAAAUUAAAUAUUGAUUAAUUGAUCCAAUGAAAUAUCUGUGAUCGGAUAUAAUGAAGUUGCAAUUUAAUAUUACCUCAUGCAUAUACCAGGAUUAAACAU